AUGGCGCGGGAUAGCGAGAUGCGGGAGUUCACUCGCAGACUCUUCCGCGGACGCCCGGACCUCAGCGCGCUCACGCACUCCAUCGUGCGGCAGCGGUUCUUGGCUCAUGUGGGUCGCGACCACUUGGAAGUCGAAGAGAAGCAGGCGCUGAAGCGGCUGGUGGAGGAGGAGUUGCUGAGGAUGCAGGUGGAUGACCGGGGUGCCAGGGGGCGAGGCCUUUCGAAAAAGGUGAAGAGGGCCGCCUCCCCUUCCAGCGAUUCAGAGAGAAAAAAGCCCCGUUUCAAUUCAGAAUCAGAACUCAGCUCUGCAGCCUCCAGCUCAGACUCCUCCAGCUCUCCAGCAGAAAACGGGAUGGCAGAAGCAGAAGCCAGCCCAGCCAAGAAGGGUCCAAAGCAAACAUCAAAGAAAUCAACAAACAAGAGCAGAGAUGAGGAGGCCUCGCAGAGGGACCAGACUGCAAAGAUGGGGUCAGAGGAGGGAGUGGAUGAGAGCAGUGAGGAGGAAGAGGAGGCAGGCUCUGCCAGAAAGGCCACUGUGAGAAGGACCAAGCAGAAACUGGGCAAAGCCGCAGCUAGUAGGAAGCAGGCUGUGGAGGAGAGUGAGGACAGCGAGGAGGAAGCUGCCCCCAGGAGGGCAAGGAAGCAGGAGGGAGAGCAAGCCAAAAGCCACCAGGAGAGUGAAGAGGAGAGUGAGGCUGAGGAUGCCUCAUCCAAGAAGAGAGAGAACAGAGAGGACGAGGAGGACAGCGAAGAGGGGGAUGAAGAGGAAUGGACAUGCAAGGCCAAGAGGAACAGAGGGGAAAGGCUAGCUAGGGACAAGAAGAGCGUUAAGCUGAAAAACAAGGCAGGGAAGCUUAUGGGAAACUCGGAGGACAGAAAGGACAAAGAGGCAGCAGGCAGUGGGGAUGAAACUGAGGGUGAGGAAGAGCCUUCAUUGCAGAAAGUGAGUGACAAGUGUAAGGGCAGGGAAAAGCAGAGCGGAAGCAGUGAGGAGGAUGUGGAAGACAGUGGGAAGGCAGUCAAAGGGAAGAGUAAAGGCACUAAAAAAGCAGGCGAGGUGGCUAGUGUCAGCGGUGAGGAGAGUGACGUGGAGAGGGAGGUGAGCGACAGCGAGGCAGAAGAGAGUCCCCAGGGGGAGAGGAGGAACCGCUCUUCCAAGAAGAGUGCCAAGAAAGGCAAGACCCGCAGCUCCUCUUCCUCCUCAGAUGAAAGUCCAGAGCCUGAAGGAAGGAAGGCUGUCUCUGGCCGUCGUGGUGAAGACCACCCUGCCAUUAUGAGGCUAAAGCGCUACAUCCGGGCCUGUGGGGCCUAUCGGAACUACAAGAAGCUGCUGGGCUCCUGUCACUCGCACAAAGAGCGCCUGAGUGUCCUCCGGGCAGAACUGGAAGCCCUGGGCAUGAAGGGUAACCCUUCCCUGGAGAAGUGUCGGGCCUUGAAGCAGCAGCGGGAAGAGGCAGCCGAGGUAGCCUCUUUGGAUGUUGCCAACAUCAUCAGCAGUUCAGGCCGGUCACGCAGACGCACAGCCUGGAACCCUUCAGGAGCAGCAUCCCAGGGAGAGCUGUACCACAGGACCCUGGACUCUGAGGAAGAGCAGCCCCGCCGCCCGCCCUUAGACUGGUCUCAUAUGCGAGGCAUCAUCAGCAGUGAUGGCGAGAGCACCUGA